AUGUUACCAGUGACCAACAACUCAGGUGUGACACCAUCUGGGCAGUGUGGGGCCUGGGUAAAGGAGCCCGAGGGAGGUUAUUUUACCUCACCCAACUACCCAGAGAAAUACCCACCCGAGAGGGAAUGUGUGUACAUUAUAGAAGCUUCUCCCCGCCAGUGCAUUGACUUGUUUUUUGAUGAAAAGUAUUCCAUCGAACCAUCGUGGGAGUGUAAGUUUGACCAUAUCGAGGUGCGUGAUGGACCGUUUGGUUUCUCACCCAUCAUCGGACGCUACUGCGGUCAGGAAAGUCCCAUGUAUGUUCGCUCCAGUGGGAGGUACUUGUACAUCAAGUUUGUGGCUGAUGGAGAGCUUGAGGCCAUUGGUUUCUCUGCCCGGUACAACUUCACACAAGAUCCUGAGUUCAAAGGUCUGGGUGAAUUGCCAGCAUUACCAUUUUGUGAGUUCGAGCUGACUGGUCCAGAAGGCUUUGUGGAAUCUACUCAGAUAACCAGGGAGAAGCGAGCACUGUCGACAGAAGCUGUGGACUGCAGGUGGUUUGUCCGGGCCCCACCGAAAGCUAAGAUCUACCUGCGCUUUCUGGAGUAUGAGAUGCACAAUUCCAAUGAGUGCAAGCGUAAUUUUGUUGCCAUUUAUGAUGGCAGCAGUUCAGUUGAGCACCUGAAAAACAAGUUCUGCUCCACAGUUGCCAACGACGUCAUGCUAACAUCCUCUUUGGGUGUAGUACGGCUGUGGGCAGAUGAGGGAAGCAGGAAAAGCAAAUUCAAGAUCCUCUUUACAACCUUUCUUGACCCUCCAUGUGAAGGAGACACUUUCUUUUGCCAUAGCAACAUGUGCAUCAAUCACACCCUGGUUUGCAAUGGCAUUCAAAACUGCGUGUAUCCGUGGGAUGAGAAUCACUGUCAAGAGAAAAGGAAACCCAGCAUUUUGGACUCUCUGGACAACACAAACAUCACUAUUAUUGCUGUGACGUGUGGCCUGGUUGUUAUUUUGCUCAUCAUCUCUGUCAUCAUCCAGGUCAAACAGCCUCGUAAGAAGUACAUCAUCCGCAGAGAUGACUUUGACCCUGCUCUCCUCCAUCCAGGGCUUGAGCCCCCUCACUAUGAGCUCUGCACUUUACGACACGUUCCCUCAGGUGACCUGACUGAUGCCGCAAUGGGCGAGGAAUUUGAGAAGUCCCACAAGCUGCAUCGAUCCUCAUCCAAAUGCAUUCGUGACCACCACUGUGGAUCACAACAAGGAAGCGUGCACGGCAGUGUCCAAGGUAGCCGGAGCAACCUGAGCAUGAGAGAGACUAUGGUUGAUCCUGAUGGUGGGGCACUUGUGCCACACCUCCAUCCAGGGAUGGUGAGUCAGCAGUCACCACGGCUCUCCCACCACACAAGUCUGGGCGGUCAUAGGAACAUUUUAGUGAUGAAACACAGCUAUUCUCAAGAUGGGGGAGCUGGGUACAGAGAGGAUGAUGAUUUGAUGAUAGAUGAUGGUCCAACUACCAGCAGGCACCACAUUCACCACCAUCAGACCCAUCAUGGCAUUCCAGGGUUGGACCAUGCUGUUCACCGUACAUUGUCAAAUGACUUCUAAUAUGCCAGAACGACGUCAAACGAAAUGAAUACUGCAGAGAGUAAAACCCCAACUUGUAAUGAUGCUUCAAUAGACAUUUUUCCCAAACUAGUUUAGGUUUGAUUAUAUAAUGAUGGAUUUUGUUUCACAUUUUGAAAUACCGUCCUCACAUUAAUUAUUUAUGAGUAAGUUGU